AUGGCACAUUUCGAAGUCGAUGCAAAACAUCAAGAAUCUACUGUCACUAAGGAUAUUCUUGUCGACUCUUUCAAGACCCAUUUAUUACCUAUCAUAAAGCCCUUCAUCCUUCCACAAAAGACUCCUGAUUCUGUUCCAAUCUGUGAGGAUUCUUCUAAGCUCGACCUCACCGCUAACUCCACUACCAAACUCAAACUUCGCAACGAACUGAAGAAAUAUGUGCCCACUUUGAAAACCACUCAUGCGAUGGGCAAAACCGAGCUCGUAACACUCUAUCAAAAGUACAUAAUGAACGAAUCAAAUGCUUCACAAGGCUCUCGCUUUAUGAAAAAACCUCCUAGAUGGAACCUUGCGGAACUCCAUCAAGCACGACUCGACGAUAUUCGAUAUGCAUUACAAUUCUACCGACCUGACAUAUUCAUCACACACAAGUCUUCUACAGUUGAGAUCUGUAAACGGAUUUACGAGAAGUUUUUGUUGAAUAUGCCUAUUCAGGCUGACGUGAUUACCGAAGGAGUGCACUAUUACAUUCGCCAACUUGAAUGA